AGAAAACGUCGUGAGCUUCACACCUCCGAUUCCGACCUCUCCCACGUCUGGCGAUCGAGACGGUCUAAUGCCCGCGCGCCAUGGUUGCAGCUUAUGUUUGCUGCAGAUUGUACAGUGGAGGGUUUAGAGAUGAAGCGCCAUGAAGCGACAACGUCGUCCCGGCGGCGCGUGCUUCUUCUCUUCUUCCUGCUCCUGUCGUCGUCGCAGCUGCCGCGCGGCGCGAGAGCGGCGCCGGGCGAAGCGGAGGCGCUCGUGGACUGGAAGGAUAGCCUGAAGCUGCCGUGGGCGGGCGCCCUCGCCACCUGGGACAGGAAGGCCGCCGCCAACUCAACGGUCGCGGCGUGCUGGUGGCAAAGCGUGUCGUGCGACGCCUUCGGCCGCGUCAUCGGCGUCGACGUUGCCGGGUCCGGCCUCGCCGGCACGCUCGACGCGCUCGACCUCUCGUCGCUGCCCAGCCUCGCCAGCCUCAACCUCAGCUACAACUCGCUGACAGGGUCGUUCCCGUCGUCAAACUUGCCGCUGCUCAGCAUCACAUCAGUUGAUUUCUCCAACAACAACCUAUCAGGCCCGAUCCCGGCGGCGCUGCCCUCGUACAUGCCCAACCUCGAGCUCCUGAACGUUUCUUCCAACCAGCUCACCGGCGAUAUACCGCCGUCCCUCGCGAACCUGACGAAACUGCAGAGCCUUGUUCUCGGCAAGAACCUUCUCUCCGGCGGCAUACCGCCGGCGCUCGGCUCCAUCUCGGGGUUACGCGUGCUCGAGCUGCACAGCAACCCGCUGGGCGGCGCCAUCCCCGCGUCUCUCGGCAACCUCCUGUCGCUGGAGCGCAUCAAUGUCAGCAUGGCGUUGCUGGAGUCCACCAUUCCGAGCGAGCUCAGCCGCUGCACCAACCUCACCGACAUUAGCCUCGCGAUCAACAAGCUCUCCGGGGAGCUGCCGGUGUCGUGGGCCAAGCUGACCAAAGUACGAGAAUUCAACGUCUCCAAGAACAUGCUCACCGGGGAGAUCAUGCCGGACUACUUCACGGCGUGGACCGGUCUCGCGGUGUUCCAGGCCGACAACAACCGCUUCACCGGCGGGAUCCCCACGGAGGUCGGCAUGGCGUCGGGGCUGGAGUUGCUCUCCUUUGCGACCAACAACCUCUCCGGCGCCAUCCCGGCCAUCAUCGGAAGCCUGACCAACCUCGUGCUGCUGGACCUCGCCGAAAACGAGUUCUCCGGCACCAUCCCGCGCACCUUGGGCAACCUCACGAGAUUAAAGAUUCUUCGGCUGUACAACAACAAACUCACCGGCCGGUUGCCGGACGAGUUCGGGAACAUGACGGCGCUGCAUAAGCUGUCCGUGAGCACCAACAUGUUGGAGGGCGAGCUGCCGGCCGGGCUUUUCCGGUUGCCGGACCUCAUCUACAUCAUCGCCUUCGAAAAUUUCUUCUCCGGCAUCAUCCCGCCGAUUUCCAGCAGCCAGCUGACCGUCAUCAGUAUGGCAGACAACAACUUCUCCGGAGAACUUCCACCUGGGUUGUGCUUGAGCGCCGACAGGCUCCAGUUCCUUGGCCUGGACAGGAACCAGUUCGCCGGCACCGUGCCUGCUUGCUACCGCAACCUCACAAAGCUGGUACGCAUCAGGUUGGCACAUAACCGGCUUGCCGGCGACGUGUCGGACAUCUUCGGGUCACAUCCCAACCUGUACUACAUCGACCUGUCCGGGAAUUCGUUUGAUGGCAAGCUCACAGAGCAAUGGGCUCAGCAGUUAAAGAACCUCCGGUAUCUGAACCUGGACGGCAACAAGAUCACCGGGACAGUUCCUCCCGGUUUCGGCAACAUGGCUGCACUCAACGAUCUGAGCCUCGCAUCCAAUCUUCUCGCCGGCGCGAUCCCGCCGGAGCUCGGCCAGUUACCAUUGCUCAGUGUGAACUUGCGUCACAAUAAGUUGUCAGGACCGAUUCCUCCAGCAUUGGGGAACGUCAGCGGGAUGCUGCAGCUGGACCUAUCCGGGAAUGAGCUCGAGGGCGGCGUGCCGGUGGAGCUGACCGAAUUGAAGCGCAUUUGGUACCUGAACCUGAGCAGCAACAACCUGACAGGAGAGGUGCCGGCUCUGCUUGGCAAGAUGAACUCGCUGACCGACUUGGAUCUCAGUGGCAACCCGGGCCUGUGCGGCGGCAUCGCCGCACUGAAACCUUGCGGCUCGGAUGGUUCCGCCGGCGCCGGAGUUGGCCCACGGCGAUACAGCAAGAGACUGAUCCUUGCCAUCGCUCUGUCUGUUGGUGCGGCGCUGCUCAUCUCUAUGGCCGCGGCUGCUUUCCUACUGGUGGUCCGCAAGAAGAGGAAGAGGCGAACCGGCGUCCACCAUGACACAGGCGGAGCAGAGACAACGACGGCGAGCGGCAGCGGGACUAACGUGCCUCUGCUGCAGACGUCCAUAUGGAGCAGGGAGGUGGAGUUCUCCUUCGAAGACAUCGUGGCCGCGACGGAGCACUUCAACGAGGCCCACUGCAUCGGCAAGGGGAGCUUCGGGAGAGUGUACCGCGCGGAGGUCCCCAGCGGCCACUCCCUCGCCGUGAAAAGGCUGGACGUGUCGGAGACGGGGGACAUUAGCGAGAAGAGCUUCGAGAACGAGGUGAGGGCCCUGACGCGCGUCCGGCACCGGAACAUUGUCAAGCUCCACGGCUUCUCUACCACGGACGGGUUCAUGUACCUGGUCUACGAGCGCGUCGAGAGGGGCAGCCUCGGCAAGGUGCUGUACGGCGGCGGCGACGAGAGGUUCGACUGGCCGGCGAGGAUGCGCGCCAUCAGGGGCCUCGCGCACGCGCUGGCCUACCUGCACCACGACUGCUCGCCGCCCAUGAUCCACCGCGACGUCUCCGUCAACAACGUCUUGCUCGACGCCGACUACGAGACGCGGCUGUCGGACUUCGGCACGGCGAGGUUCCUCAGCCCCGAUCGCUCCAACUGCACCACCGUCGCCGGCUCCUACGGCUACAUGGCACCAGAGCUCGCGUACCUGAGGGUGACGACCAAAUGCGACGUGUACAGUUUCGGCGUGAUCGCGAUGGAGAUCCUGACGGGGAAGUUCCCAGGCGGGCUUAUCAGCUCGCUCUACAGCCUGGACGAGACGCAGGCCGGCGUCGGCAAGUCGUCGGCGCUCCUGCUGCUCAGGGACUUGCUGGACCACAGGCUGCAGGCCCCCGACGGGGAGCUCGCGGCGCAGGUGGUGUUCGCCUUCGUCGUGGCCCUGUCCUGCGUCCGCACCAACCCCGACGCCCGCCCCACCAUGCGCAUCGUCGCGCAGGAGCUCGACACUCGCCAGAGGUCAGCCUUAGACAGGCCGCUCGGGGCGAUCAUGAUCGGCGAUCUCCUUGGUUCACGGGUAUGAAUGUAACACGUACGUGUUGCUGGUGAGUAGCAGUUGUACGGUACAGGUUUGAAGGUGGUAUAUGUUGAUUCAUUGGAUUUUUUUUCUUUGUGUGUACAUCGGCGCGACAUACGUGAUCUGUUCCAUGAUUCAUUUCUGUACUAAAUGUGCAGUUUGUAGGUGAUGUAAACAAACAAGAAAGGUUAUGUUUUUCCUGUUUGUCAACUCUCAAGCAACUGAAAUUCUCUGCAAUCUCAGUCUAUUUUCCAAGCUGAAGU